AUGAUCAAUUACAAUGAGGAAAAUCUAAACUUAUUUGAAGGAGACAUUGUGUUGUCUCCAGAAGACCACGUUGAUCAACGYGAUUCAGGAGACGUAGACGGACCACUCCCUGAUUCCCAGUACAAGAGAAACGUUCGAAGGUCAAGGCUGAGGCUCUGGAAAAAUAAAGUCAUUCCGUAUGAAAUUUUGAUUCCCGCUGGGAAGCACAAGGACAUCUCGUCUACUAUAUCUGAAGCUAUUGCAGAGUUCCACAAACAUACAUGCCUGAAAUUCGUACCUUACACCAAUGAAGAUAACUGGAUCAAAUUUGUCUACAAAGCUGGAUGUUACUCGCCUAUWGGUAUGUGGCCAUGGUUCAGUCAGAAAGGAAUUGGUCAAGAAAUAUCGCUUGGCGAAGGCUGUAAUUCUAAACCGAAGAUCAUGCAUGAACUUCUUCAUACUAUUGGCUUUUGGCACGAACACUCUAGACCCGACAGAAACSAGUACAUCGAAGUCAUGUGGGAAAAUCUUAAGCCAGGAUUUGAGCACAAUUUCAACAAAUAUAGUCAUGGCAAAUUGGAUACUCUGGGCCAGAUGUACGACUAUAAAAGCUUAAUGCACUACGGCAACAAAUACUUCAGUAAAAAUGGAAAACCAACCUUGCAGGCUAUAGGUUCAAACAAAGGUGUACAACUUGGGAAUACCAAAGGUUUUUCAGAUACUGACAUCUUUGAAAUCAACGCUUUGUACGACUGUGAAG